AUGGCGACAAAUGAAGCAUACGUUCAAGAUCCGAUUGAGAUCGAACGUGUAACGAAACCAGCGAUUCUGAAAGUUUCCUCGAUUAUUAGGAUGGACGACGAUCCCGUAUCACAAAGUACCUGCUGUUCAUGGAAUGGUUUAAUAGAUAUUUUCGGGAAUAGACAGGGCACUUUCAUUACUGAUUUGAGACCAUUACGUACUCAGCUGACUUGGACUCAACAACAACUUACAAUAUUCACAACGGAAAUAGAAAGAAGUAAUGAAAGCAGGGAACUGACAAUUAUAACAGCAGAUUCUGUACAUUCGUCCAUAGUAGCGCUUACGAAAAUAACAGUUUCAUCUGUACUCAACAUCCCGCCUGAGGAGAAUGCUAUGCUCAGGAAACUAGCCUGUGAUCUUUGUAAACUAUAUUCCAUAUUGGCUUCGUUUGUUAACGAUCCAGAGCGACUACCCUCAUCAAUAAGGAAUGAUUCCCACCAAGCGUUGGGUGAGAUACAUGAAAACGAGGAUGGUAAAGAAAUACGUGACACUGGUACUGGAGGAAAACCGUUCGAUGAAAAUGCUUUACGCGAGAGAAUUAACCGUAAUAGCGAAAACAUGGAGAAGGUUAUCAAGUUCAUUGACGUGAAAACAGAAAGGAGAUGGUGGCUUCGUGAUGUUAUCAACUUCGCCAAACUUUUCUUAAAACUUGCUCUGUUCGUAUCCGCAGCUAUUACUGUGAUAGACCACAGGAAAGAUACGGCACCCGUGAUAACUCUAAGCUUAACCAUAAUACAGGGAAUUGUUGAAAUGCUAGAUCAGUACUUCUUGAAACAUACUAAGCCUGAAGAUCUCAAAAUAUCUGCUGUCAGCACGAUAGCUUUCCAAAGACGAAUGUCUCAGCUGGCAUAG